UUAUCUUAUAUUUUUAUGUUUGUGCAGUUAAAGUUAAAGAUGAGGCUGUUAACUCUUUCCACUUGCAAUCUAAAUCAAUGGGCUAUGGAUUUUGAUAACAACCUCCGGAACAUUAAGGCGUCAAUUUUAAAUGCUAAACAAGCGGGGGCUGUAAUUAGAAUUGGACCAGAGCUUGAGAUUACUGGAUAUGGCUGUGAAGAUCAUUUUUUGGAGCAAGAUACUGUAACCCAUGCGUGGGAAUGUUUGGAAGAUCUAUUAUCUGGUGAUUGGACUGACAGCAUAUUAUGUAGUAUUGGCAUGCCCAUUAUACAUGAAAGUGUGCGAUACAAUUGCCAGGUCUUUUGCUUGGAUCGAAAAAUUAUAAUGAUACGUCCAAAGGUUUGCCUUGCCAAUGAUGGAAAUUAUAGAGAGCUACGCUGGUUCUUAGCUUGGAAAUUUAAAGACAGGCUUGUUGAUUUUCAACUUCCAAGUCAUAUAUCUGAAGCCAUAUCACAGGUUUCAGUACCUUUUGGAUUUGGUUAUAUUCAAUUUCAAGACACAGCUAUUGCUGCUGAAACCUGUGAAGAGCUUUUUACUGCUAGUGCACCACAUGUUGGACUUGCAUAUAAUGGUGUUGAGGUUUUUAUGAACGCAAGUGGAAGUCACCACCAGUUACGAAAACUCAAUGUUCGUAUUGAUGCAGUUAAAAGUGCAACUACGCGCUGCGGAGGUGUUUACAUGUAUAGCAAUCACCAAGGCUGUGAUGGUGGUCGUCUCUAUUAUGAUGGAUGUUGUUUCAUUGCUGUGAAUGGGGAUGUUGUUUCUCAAGGAUCUCAAUUUUCCUUGAGGGAAGUUGAAGUUCUGACCGCCGUUGUGGAUCUUGAUGCAGUCUCGAGUUACCGUGCAUCUGUAAGUAGUUUCAGAGAAUCUGCAAGUCGUGAAUCGAAGGUUCCAGUAGUGAAAAUACCACGCAGACUUUGCCGGUCAUUUGAACUUAGUAUUUUUCCUACUAAUCCUGUGGAGAUUAAGUAUCACCAUGCUGAGGAGGAAAUAGCAUUUGGGCCUAGUUGUUGGCUAUGGGAUUAUCUAAGAAGAAGUGGAGCUUCUGGAUAUUUACUUCCGCUUUCUGGAGGAGCUGAUAGUUCUUCAGUUGCAGCUAUUGUAGGUUGCAUGUGCCAGCUUGUGAUCAAGGAUAUAGAGAAUGGUGAUGAACAAGUCAAAGCUGAUGCAAUUAGGGUUGGCAAUUACAAAAAUGGAGAGUUUCCAAGCAGCAGUAAGGAAUUUGCAAAGAGAAUAUUCUAUACUGUCUAUAUGGGAACUGAAAAUAGCUCUGAUGCUACAAGGGCUAGAGCAAAGAAAUUAGCUGAAGAAAUAGGUUCCUGGCACCUUGAUGUAAAUAUAGACACUGUUAUUCUCGCUCUUCUCUCUUUGUUUCAAACAUUAACAGGGAGGAGACCACGUUACAAGGUUGAUGGUGGAUCAAAUGCUGAAAAUUUAGCUUUGCAGAAUAUUCAAGCUCGAAUUAGGAUGGUUCUUGCAUUUAUGAUGGCCUCUCUAAUGCCAUGGGUUCAUAAUAAAUCUGGAUUCUAUCUUGUGUUGGGCAGUUCAAACGUGGAUGAAGCAUUACGAGGUUAUCUAACAAAGUAUGACUGCAGUUCAGCAGAUAUAAAUCCAAUUGGGAGUAUAAGCAAGCAGGAUCUUAGAUCUUUCUUGAGGUGGGCAGCUUUUCAUCUCGAUUAUCCUUCUUUGGCAGAAGUUGAAGCUGCACCUCCUACUGCUGAAUUAGAACCAAUACGCUCCGAUUAUAAUCAGUUAGAUGAAGCAGACAUGGGCAUGACAUAUGAGGAACUGUCAGUAUUUGGAAGGCUUCGAAAGAUAUUUCGCUGCGGCCCUGUGUCAAUGUUUCAGAAUCUCUGCUAUAAAUGGUAUGGUAAGUUUUCUCCAUCAGAAGUGGCUGACAAAGUCAAGCAUUUCUUCAAGUACUACUCAAUCAAUCGACACAAAAUGACCGUGCUGACACCUUCCUACCAUGCCGAAAGCUACUCCCCUGAAGAUAACAGAUUUGAUCUUCGUCAGUUUCUUUAUAAUUCAAGAUGGCCUUACCAGUUUCGAAAGAUCGAUGAGCUUGUGCAUGAUAUUGAUUAUGAUAAAACAGCAUCACCUUCUAACAUAGUAAGAGAAGAAGAACCAGAAAUCACUUCAGCUCAGGUAAGUGGACUGGGUGUCAUAGCUGCAGGCUCCAGCAACCCACAUGUAGGUCUAUGAGUGUCAUGAGGAGAGAUUAUUCUGUGCAGACUCCGAACGCAGUUCGUCAUCUGGAGAUCAAUCAGAAUGCAAUACCGAGCUGCAGUACUGAACGGGGGUGAUGUGGCGCAUUCUGAUUGAUUUUUAGAUGACGUUCGGCAUCUGGAUAUAAUAAUUUGUCAUGAGAUUGGGAUGGACAUUCAUGAGCCUGAAAUGAUCAACUUAACCAGGUUUGAUCAUUAAGUACUCAAAUUUGAUAAAUUGUAUAUAAUUUUUUAUUUAAUAUGGAAAAUUUAAUAUUUCACAGUUAUUAGCA